AUGUCUUCCACGAGGGCGCGGGCAGACGCGUCUCUUGAGGCUGCGGACGCUGUGCUGUGCUGUGCUUGGUUGGAAGAGAAAUCUGAAGUGUCAAGUCGGGUGGAAUUUGGCACGUCGUUCAUCUGCCUCCCCGGUCAAAGAGGAGACCUAGAUCUGAUAAGACAGCGUCCCGGUUAUAAUAUCCAGGAAAGACAAUUGUACCUAUAUCCGUCUCGGAGCUGGGUUACGUCUGGAGAGACGGAACAAAACGGUAAUCUCUAUGCAACGACAAAGAGUCUACGCCUCAUCAAAGUGGGUUGUGGUCGUCGUAAUGGUGCUGUCGAGGGGGGCAAGGCAGGGGACCGGUACAUGACAGUACAUCGGGUGUGGAGGGAUGAGCAGCUGGCCCACGCCCUCUGCGCUUCUGCUGGCAAAAAUAGCUUGAACUCCUCAGUGCUUCGAUACGGUGCCGUCAUCAAGGCCCAAAACGGGUCCACCAGCUCUUUGUCUGCCUGGGCUGGUGGAGGCAGGUCGUCGGGAGAGGAUGUUCAGGGGCAUUUCUUUCUGGCAGGGCUCGAGCUGGCUGGAUGCAAAACGGGUUCGAGGAACAGACGUCAGGCAAUGGCCGAGCUUUCUUCCAUGCAGGGACUUGCUCGUUUGGGUCAACGACGGGCGCCGGCAGCCUGGUCUGGGAUGGCCGUGGCGAGUGGACUUUUGUGUCAUCCUAAACUGCUCCGUGGCAAAGACCCCACGGCGUCGGUGCGUGCCAAAGCCAGGUCGCGCCAAGAGCGGUAGCUACCCUCCCCCCCAUUCGGUCGAGGUUCGUGAUGCUUCGGGGAGCUGCAUAGAAGGUGUGUUGUGCCUGACCGCAAACUUUGCCGAAGCUCGUGGACGGUGUUGCCCACGAGGGUUUGCUGUAGCGCGACCGGUAGGUAUAGAGGGCGAGGCAAGGGAACUUCAGUUCAAACUCGUGGGCGGCGCAAUACACUCACUGUGCGGCAGGAUCGUGCUGGUCGGUUGUGGCUACCAUCAAACCCAUCUGAUACCAUGACACCGUCCGAGUGUGCACAAGACGUCACGGCGUGCA